AGCUGGCUCUUUCGUUUGGGAGGAAGGCGGAGGAUCGGGGCUCCCUGUCGCUGGGGGGGUCUCCCCCACCCCCCCCAGCCCACUAUUCCCCCAAAAGGAGCCUCUCCUCUAAUCCUGCAUCUUGCUGCCCCCGCCCGGCCCAGCUAGGAGUUGGCCCGGUUCACUGCACACGAACUGACCGGCAGCACCUCUCUCGCACCCCUUAGCAGAGCUGACCGGGGCUCCCUGGGGUCCCCCGUGCCUUUUGCUAGAGCCUGCACAGCUGUGCAAGCUUGAGAAAGAACAUGAAGGUGGGCUGGCCAGGUGAGAGCUGCUGGCAGGUGGGGCUAGCUGUGGAGGAUAGCCCAGGCCUGGGAGCAUCACAGGUGGGAGGCCUCCCUGAUGUAGUGCCGGAGGGGACACUGCUCGACAUGGUGUUGAGGAGGAUGCACCGGCCCCGAAGCUGCUCCUACCAGCUGCUGCUGGAGCACCGGCGCCCAAGCCGCAUCCAGGGGCUUCGCUGGACACCACUCACCAACAGUGAGGAGUCUUUGGACUUCAGCGUGAGCCUAGAGCAGGCCUCCACAGAGCGGGUGCUCAGGGCCGGGAAGCAGCUGCAGCGGCAUCUCCUGGCCACCUGCCCAAACCUCAUCCGUGACCGAAAGUACCAUCUUAGGCUCUACCGGCAAUGCUGCUCUGGCCGAGAGCUGGUGGAUGGGAUCUUGUCUCUGGGACUCGGGGUCCACUCCCGGAGCCAAGCCGUGGGAAUCUGCCAGGUGCUGCUGGAUGAGGGUGCCCUGUGCCAUGUGAAACAUGACUGGACCUUCCAGGACCGAGAUGCCCAGUUCUAUAGGUUCCCUGGGCCAGAGCCAGAGCCCACAGGAGCUCAUGAGAUGGAGGAGGAGUUGGUCGAGGCUAUGGCCCUGCUCUCCCAGCGGGGACCUGAUGCGUUGCUCACUGUGGCACUUCGAAAGCCCCCCGGACAGCGCACAGAUGAGGAGCUGGACCUCAUCUUUGAGGAGCUGCUGCACAUCAAGGCUGUGGCCCACCUCUCCAACUCGGUGAAGCGGGAGUUAGCUGCAGUUCUGCUCUUUGAGCCCCACAGCAAAGCAGGGACCGUGUUGUUCAGCCAGGGGGACAAGGGCACCUCGUGGUACAUUAUCUGGAAGGGAUCUGUCAACGUGGUGACCCACGGCAAGGGGCUGGUGACCACACUGCAUGAGGGAGAUGACUUUGGGCAGCUGGCUCUGGUAAACGACGCACCCCGGGCUGCCACAAUCAUCCUGCGAGAAGACAACUGUCACUUUCUGCGCGUAGACAAGCAGGACUUCAACCGCAUCAUCAAGGAUGUGGAGGCAAAGACCAUCCGGCUAGAAGAGCAUGGCAAAGUGGUGCUGGUGCUGGAGAGAGCCUCGCAGGGCGCUGGCUCUUCACGUCCGCCAACCCCAGGCAGGAACCGGUAUACGGUGAUGUCUGGUACACCAGAGAAAAUCCUAGAGCUUCUGCUGGAGGCCAUGCGGCCAGAUUCCAGUGCUCAUGACCCAACAGAGACAUUCCUCAGCGACUUCCUCCUGACCCACAGUGUCUUCAUGCCCAGUGCCCAGCUCUGUGCUGCCCUCCUGCAUCACUUCCACGCGGAGCCCACGGGUGGCAGUGAGCAGGAGCGCAGCACCUACAUCUGCAACAAGAGACAGCAGAUCCUGCAGCUGGUCAGCCAGUGGGUGGCCCUGUAUGGCUCCAUGCUCCACGCUGACCCCGUGGCCACCAGCUUCCUCCAGAAACUCUCAGACCUGGUGAGCAGGGAUGUGCGGCUCAGCAACCUGCUGAGGGAGCAGUGGCCAGAGAGGCGGCGGCACCACAGGUUGGAAAAUGGCUAUGGGAAUGCAUCUCCUCAGAUGAAGGCCCCGAAUGUUCCUAUUUGGCUCCCCAGCCAGGACGAGCCCCUCCCCAGCAGCAACUGUGCCAUCAGAGCUGGGGACAAAGUCUCCUAUGACAUCUGCCGACCUGACCACUCGGUGCUGACUCUGCAGCUGCCUGUGACGGCCUCUGUGAGGGAGGUGAUGGUAGCCUUGGCCCAGGAGGACAGCUGGACCAAGGGACAGGUGCUGGUGAAGAUCAAUUCUGCAGGCCAUGUCACUGGCCUGCAGCCAGAUGCCCGCGGUGUGGCCACAUCCCUGGGGCUCAACGAGCGGCUCUUUGUUGUCAACCCACAGGAAGUGCAUGUGCUGACUCCACACCCCGAGCAGUUGGGGCCCUCUGUGGGUUCAGCUGAGGGGCUAGACCUGGUGAGCGCCAAGGACCUGGCGGGCCAGCUGACGGACCAUGACUGGAACCUGUUUAACAGCAUCCACCAGGUGGAGCUGAUCCACUAUGCGCUGGGCCCCCAACAUCUGCGGGAUGUCACCACCGCCAACUUGGAGCGCUUCAUGCGCCGCUUCAACGAGCUGCAGUACUGGGUGGCUACGGAGCUGUGCCUCUGCCCGGUGCCUGGCCCACGGGCCCAGCUGCUCAGAAAGUUCAUCAAGCUGGCGGCCCACCUCAAGGAGCAAAAGAAUCUCAAUUCCUUCUUUGCCGUUAUGUUUGGCCUCAGCAACUCGGCCAUCAGCCGCCUGGCCCACACCUGGGAGCGGCUGCCCCACAAAGUCCGGAAGCUCUACUCUGCCCUUGAGAGGCUGCUGGACCCUUCCUGGAACCACCGGGUGUACCGACUGGCCCUGGCCAAGCUUUCCCCUCCCGCCAUCCCCUUCAUGCCCCUCCUUCUCAAAGACAUGACCUUCAUCCAUGAGGGAAACCACACGAUAGUGGAGAAUCUUAUCAACUUUGAGAAGAUGAGAAUGAUGGCCAGAGCCGUGAGGAUGCUGCACCACUGCCGAGGCCACAGCAGCGUGCCUCUCUCACCACUCAGAACCCGAGUUUCCCACUUCCAUGAGGACAACCAGGUGGCGAGGAUCUCCACAUGCUCAGAGCAGUCCCUGAGCACCCGGAGUCCAGCCAGCACCUGGGCAUAUGUCCAGCAGCUGAAGGUCAUCAACAAUCAGCGGGAACUCUCCCGCCUCUCCCGGGAGCUGGAGCCAUGAGGAAGGGGCUGGGACUGGAGCAGGCACUUCCCGCCAGGAAAGCCAGGGCACGCCGGCCAAGAGGCCCGCAGGCUGGCCGCAGCUGGGCAGGGCUCUCCGCGGAGUGGACUCGAGGCCCUGGAGUGGGCGACGUGGAGGCAGCUGUCCCCCGUGAUGACUGGCAAGCUGGGGAGGACCUCAGCGUGGACCUAUGCUGGCCUAAGGCUAAGGAACGGGGACAGAGAGGCCCUGGGAGUGGGUGGGAGAGCGGGGCGGCUGGGACUGUGCGUUCAACAGAGAGCUCUCCACACCAGCUUCUUUCCAGA